UAAAAAUGUAAAAAUAUAUAUAUUUUUUACUUAGAAUCAAUAAACAAUCUAAAAUUAAAGUAAAUAAAUUAUAGGUUUAUAUAAAAUAUAUUUUAAUUCUAAUUCUUUCAUUCAUUCUAAUUCUUUAUGUCAGUAUUGUAAAAAAAAAAAAACAUGUGCACUUAAUUCAUCAAAUUAAAAUAGAAAUACCGAAUUGUACAGGUCCAAUUGACCUUUGACCUUGAAUUGACAUUGAAUAGAAAUAAUUUUUAAAAGCACUUACAUUAACUCGUCCCUUGGUAGUUAUACUAUUGAAGUAUUUGUUCAAGCCAGUCAACUUUGCGAUUUCAGCAGGAUCUCCUUCUUCGUGUGCCAUUCUAAAAUGAUAAUAAUAUUAAAUGUUAUUGAGUUAGGUUUUUAAUACCAAAAUAAAUUGAAAAAUGUAAAGGUGUAGCAAAAUAGCGUCUACUGGCCAUUUUCUCAAAUAAAAAUAGUAGUGUGAGAAACUAUGUAAGCUAAAUGUACUUACUUUGCUUGUGAGAACGUGAACGAACAAACGAAUUAUUAAAAAACCCACGAGAUUCUGUGUUAAUCUUUAGCAGAGAAUUUCCUUAUCAAUUACUAUUUGCGAGGUACAAAAAGUUACGAGUUAGUAGUAGGUAUACUACUAUAUACUAUUUGUUAGUCGAAGGGGAGUGGCGAGAAUAAAAAAAAAUGGUGGCAAAAUAAGAUAACGUCAACUCAUAUGUGUACAGUAACAUCAACUUUACAUAGCACACAAUUUAUUAUGGUGUUUGCAAAAUAAAAUUAGAAUAAUAAAUUUGAUAUUUUUACUUAGGUACUUUCAAAUUUUCAAAAAAUGAGAAAAUGAGAACCUGAAAUCUCAUAAAAAAAUUAAAAUGUCUUCUAAGGGAAUAUAGAUCGUGACAGUGUGAGGUGGUCAUACGGUAAUUUGUAAAUACCCAACCCGAAUACACAACUAUGGCUCAGCCUGAAAAUGACUUUGAUAAUAAAAUAAAACAGAAUUCUGAAUGAUGUUCUAUGGUUAAUACAUAAUUGCAUUGGUAUACCUAUUAUUAUUGUUGGGUUGUUUUCAAAACAAAGUUUUCCGGUGUGUGUUAUUUAUUUAUUAUGAAUUAAUUUUGUAACUAACUAAUGAGUAACAUUUUACCGUCUUUAUGAAAAACCAUUUCGGUUACGUUUAACUUCUCUCAUAAAACAAUGAGUAAACACAUAUUCUGGUUUCCAUUUAUUAAUGUUAUGCAUCCGACACAUUUUCUAUAAACUGACUCCGAUAUUCGUCUUUUUGUCGUUGGAAGUGUUUACUCGUUUCAUUUGUAGUGGUUUCGAAUAUUAGUAGUAUAUAUUACAUUUUUAUUAUUUUGUGCGUUUUUGUGCGUAAAAGUAUGGUUGACGAGAAUCGUACAGGUUUUGAACAAAUGGACAUAGUUGACGAUGACAACAUUCUUCGAUUGCCUCGACAGCGUAUUAUCGAUAUGUAUAAAAAAGCGAUGUCGCGCGUUCGCGUUUUAGAAGCUAAGGCGAACGAAGGUACUAUUUUCUCUUUGCGAAUUGAAUACAAAAAAUGUCAUUAUUUCAUUCUUAUUUACGAACUGAAUUGAUACGAAAAAGUGCUUAAUACUUAAAUAAAUGCUAUAAGAACUAAAAAAAAAAAAAGACUUGUUUCAUCUCAAUGACUGCAAAUUAAAAUUCUUUCUCCAGACUGUGGGUAUUUACCUUUAAAAGGUAGGUCAUUACAAGUGUUUUUUUUUUGGGGAGUCGAUAUUAGUAAGUAAAAAAUUGUAAAAAUCGUUGUUUAUUUGUCUUAAUCUGUCUACAGAUGAGCAGCUCAUACCUUAUUAUUGUUUAAUAAACAUAAUUGUUUUGAAAUGAACCGUUUUUCAGCUACAAUAUGUAGUAAGUGUAACAAUAGGUAUGACAAGAGAGAAGGUAAAGACCAAGCAUUUCAAGAAUUAUUGUUACGUGAAAAAUUUUUACUUAGGAAAUUGGCUAUUAAAGAACAAGAACUACAAGAUUAUGCUGUAAGUAUUGUCUAUGUUAUAACAGUAUUUAAAUACUAAUAUAAUUAACUUUUCAUUUUAUUUGUUGUAAAAUUAUUUCAGUUUUAAAAAUAUUGAAGCAAACAUUUUAUAAAUACAAAAAUCAUAAUAAUUUUUAAAUUUGUUAUAUUACACAUAUUAAAAUGUAUUUAUAUAUAAUAUCUGUGAUAUAAACAGUUCUUAUUUUGUAUUUUCUUCUAAUUUUAUAUACCUAGGUUUAUUUAUAUGAAUUUGUAUAUUUUAUGAUAGGUAUUAAAAUAAAUCGAAGAUAUGGGGUUACCCAACCCUUACAAAUUAGGUAUCAACUUUUUUUCAAAACAUUUUCAAAUUUAUGGUUUUAGAAGGAUUCACUCCACUCUACUUAUUUAGUUUGUUUUGGAUAACAUUUUACAUCCAAUUUUUGGUCUAGUUGUAGUCAUUGUACCUAUGAUGCAACAAAUACCGAGUUUAAAUCUUCAAUCAGAGAAAUUUUUUGUAAAAAAAAAUUGGUCUGGUAUGUAACAUAGAGAAAACUAAUGCAUUUUUACUGCAUUUUCGGUUUGUUUUUAUCAAAAGUAACCCUAGAUUUGUUGUGCGAAACCGUUCAAGAAUCUCAGGUAAUGAAAACCUGUUUAUGAAGUACAUUUGAAUAACAAACAAUAGGUUUUACAAAUAUAUAUAUGUCAAUAAAAAUAAACAAAUGUGUUAAAAUCUAAUUAAAGAACACUAUCUCUUACCCAAAAGUUAACCAACUUUUUUCAGUAUUUUUAUACGAAUAUAUAUUAUAUUUAUUAUGGAUCUGUUUACAUACCACCACUUAUGAUUAAAAAUUUAACUAUUCAUAAUGUCUGCACAUUAUUUCAUUUAACCAAAAUUAAAUGUUUCAAUUAUAGUGUUAAAUUGAUCAUUUAAAGAAAUACUACAAGCACAUACAUUUCAAAGUGUCAUAACUAGGGCCUGAAUUUAAGACACUAAAAAUCAUUAAAAAAUGAGCUAAAGAUGCAUUUUAAAGUGAAAAUGCUAUUGAAAAAUAGCAUGUAAAUGUUUUUAAUUUAUUGUUUUAUUGGGUAUUUUAUAUCUUUUAUAUCUUUAUUUUAUUUGAAAAAAUCACAGAUAAUUGAAACACUUGACUUAUGACUAGCGGUGAUAAUAUUAACUGAGGGGCUGUAUUUAACUGGAAAAUGUUUAUUUUAUUGUUAAUGAUUAUUCAUUCUAAACAUUCUAAAAUAUACAUUCUAUAUUAAGCUAUUUUCCCUAUAAAUAAAGAUAAGAUACAGAUGUUAUUGCAAUUAUAGAAAGAUUUAUAAAUAAUUUGUUUAGAAAAACCAGAAAAACAUGAGGAAUAUUUUGUAUUAUACUGUACAAAUACAAUAUUAUAUUAAGCUCGAAUAUUGUACAAAUUUGCAAUUAAAUGAAAAAUGUUCUAAAAAUGAAAGUUUCACCUUUGAAGUUGUUACAUGAAUCAAAUUAUGUAGAUACUUGGGAAGCAUUGUUUAAUAUUACUAAGAAAAAGAUGCAUUUUCAUUGAAAUCCGAGCUCGUAAUCAUAACUUUGGAACUAAUUAUUUUCGCAAAUUAAUUUUUACAUUAUUUUUAUUACCAAUGUCUAAAUGUUACAAUAGCAUAAAAUAAAACAGAAUUAAAAAUUUUGUGAGCAAUGUUGGUAAAGUAGAUCUAAGACUAAAAAAUAUAAUAUAUAUCAAUAGUAUUUUUUAAAAAUAUUUUUGCAUUUAAUGUUCAGAAAAUCAAAAUUUUAUAUUCUAUGUACUAAACUACAUUCUACAUGCAGUUAUGAUUAUAAUUUUACAUUCAUUUCUAAUUUCAGCAUUUAGGUUGUAAUAUAUUAUUACAUUGAAUGGUGUUGUAUUAUGUUAAUACUGAAAUGUAAUGUAAUAAUUUUAAUUAAAAUAACGCUUUGUCAAUAAUUCAUAAAUAGUGGGAAUUGUUUUUUAAUAAAGUUAAGAAUUCUACUUUGAAACCCUAUGUAUAAAAAUUUAAUAGUAUGAUUUAAAUAAUGUCAUUAAUUAUAUUAAUUUAUUAUAUAUAUAUAUAUAUAUAUAAAUUUAAAUAAAAAUAUUGCAACUUUGGAACCUUGUAAGAUACAUUUCAUUAAAAUAGUUUACUGUUUAAUUAUAUUUGAAUUUUGAAUAAUGAUUUGUAAGUUCCUAAUUAUUUUGUGAUGACAAUGAAUAAAUGAACAUCAUUAUCAGUGUUUUUCAUUGAUGCAAAUAGGGGUUUAAGGGCCUUGAUCCCCAAAUGUCUGCUAAUUCCCCCAGUUUAAAAUUUAGUACUUAGUACUAAAAAUAUAGCAUUUUUUGAAAUUAAACACAAUUAUAAAUAUUGAAAAUCCACUACAUAACUAUUCAGUUUUUGAUAGUUGAAAAUUUGAAUUAUAUAAACAACAGAAUUUACCGAAAAUUAUCAAAAAAAAAAAAAACAAACUGAUUUUGUUGAUGGAUAUACCAUUAUUGUAGGUGGGAUGUUAAGAAUGCAGGAUACAUAAAAUAACCUGAUUUAUAUCUGUACGCAAUAAUAAAUCUUUCCUGACAAAAUAUUAUUCUGAGGAAACUCUACUUAAACACAUUUUGAAAAACAUUAAAUACAACUUAUGAUGUACCUCAUAUUAAAUAUUCAAGAAUUUCUAAUCUGCCAAACCAUUGUUAUCCUCAUAAAACCAAAUUAACUCCUCAAUCAAAAGUAAUCACAGAUAAAAUUAGGAACAUACACUUUAUUAUUUUGAUAAAGUUAUUGAUAAUAAUAAAUUAAUUUUGUAUAAUUAUUAAAACUGUUGAUGAGAGUUCUUUGUUUAGUUCUUAAAAAAUAUAAUCAUAAUCGAGAUAUAAUUAUAUUAUUUUUAGACCCAACUGUCAGCAAUGCAAAAUUCUAUUCAAAGCAAAACACUAUCUUCACUAAGUUGUCCAUUACAAGAUCCAGCAGUAAAUCUUCUGAUUCAAAGACUACGACAAGAUUUAAGUGCUACAAAAACUAAAUUAGAUGAAACUCAGAGUGAACUUAAUGCUUGGAAAUUUACACCAGAUAGGUGAGUUUUUAUAUGUAAAAUUAAAUAAUUGAAAAUAAUUUGUAUAAAAUUUAAACAUUGACAGUAAUACUGGAAAAAGACUGAUGGCCAAGUGUCGAUUAUUGUAUCAAGAGAAUGAAGAACUCGGUAAAGUAAUUAACAGUGGCCGAGUUGCUAAGCUUGAAGCUGAACUAGCACUGCAAAAAAACUUUAGUGAAGAAGUUAAAAAAUCGCAAUCAGGUAUAAAUAAUUAACAAAAUACUACAGUAGAACUUUUUGAACUCAUAAUUGAAAGAACCAAAAAAAUUGAAUUAUUGACCUUUCUUAAAUAUAUUAGUUUUAAAUGUUGACAUUAUGAAAACAAAUUCUUAAAUUGUAAACAUUGAUACGUAAUAGAGCACUAAAGUGUACAUGUAUGUGAGUAGAUAAAUUAAUCGUUUUAUUGAAUGGUAAACUAAUUUGAUAAACUGGAUCUGUACAAUAAUGCUAAUGACAUAAUGUUCUAUAGUAAAAUACAUAUAUAGAUGAUUAACUCAUAUAUCACGGAUCAUAAAUAGCCUAAAGUAAGAGAGUGGCCACUUAUGCCAUCAUUUCUAAUUGGUUCCCAUUAUUAAUAAUGUAAUUUUUGUCCAAACAAUAUUAUCAAAUAGUAUUUUAAUAUUAUUAGAAAAGUUUUCAAAUACUAUUUGUUGUGCCAUUUUUAUCCAUUAGGUCCAUUUACAGUAACAGUUAAGCCGUCCUCACAUAAUGACAGUUUUUGAAGCAAUUUUCAACUCUAUGAAAUAUAUGUCAUGAAUAUGUAUACUAGUGUCAUAAGUGUUUUGAUAAUUGCUGUCAUGAUGUAAAAAUAUUGAUGAGACAUUAGUCUAUUGAAGUUUUCUGACAGAAAAAUUUGAACUGUUCACAUAAUUUGUAUAGUUUACAGUUUUAAACAAGUAUUGAAAUUCAACUUUCAAUCAUUUGUAUCAACAUGUUUUUAAUUAAUUUUAAAUUUGAUUUAAUAAAAAUGAUUUCCAUAAGUAAAAAGUUAGUCGCUACUGUUGCAAUUAUCAACCAUUUGAAUAAGAAUAAAAAUAAAUGGAAAUAAGAAGUUUAUGAGAUUAUAAUUGGAUAAAAAGAAGAAAAACAAUGGAGCAUAUGCUGGUUUAGCAAGAGAACUUAGAAUGAAAGAUCUUUCACAACUAAGAAAUUUCAUUAGAAUGUCCGUGAAUGAACUGUUUGAAAUUUUUUAAACCAUUCACAUUUAUGUAUUAUAUUUUCUAUCUGCACUUUUGAAUCUGUUCAGACUAGCGCAAGAAUUUUCAUGACUGUUGUAUCGUAGAAAUUAGAUAAUUGUAAUAGAAAUGUAAAUAAUUAUUCAUUCGUUGAAAGUUUAUUAUCAAAUAGUUAUUUCGUUAUAAAAGUGUCGUUGUAUGAGUGUAGCUUAGCAGUCCCCUUUACAGUAGUCGCUGUCAUGGAAUUAGGUACUGUUGUAUAGAUCUGCAAUUCUUAAACUUUUGGUGCCCACGGACUUUUGUCUAAAGGCUUUUAGAAAUUACGAAUCCCCUUUCUAUACCAUUUUUUUACAAAAUAUUUCAUGUUAUCAUAAUUAAUAUUUACCGAUAAAACCCUCGCUAACCCCCGACAUUAAUAUCGCGGAUCAUAGAUUAAAAAUUGCUGAUGUAGAUCAUUUAGUAAUAGUUGACAGUGUGGCAGUAUUACAGUUCUAUCAAACUGAGCUAGAUAGUUGACAGCGUAAAGACUAGAAUAAAGAGACUAUAUAAACUUGUACGGCCACCUGCGUGAAAAAACGUCACGAAAUGAGUCGAACAAUUAAACGGCACGCUACGCUGCCAGGGUUGCUACUUUAACCCACGUAGUUUAGGGAUCAUUCGUGUUUUUUUGGAAAAUAUAUGCAUUAUUUCGAAGUAUGACCCAUUAUAAAUUGCAUAGCUUGUAAAAUUAUUGGAAAAUCGAAAUCUUGGAAAAUGGGUAGUCCAUCUUCGGCGGAUUAAAUGUGUUCUAUUGUGAAAUUUCAACAGUGUAAAUAAUAGUAAUACAAAUAAUUAUAAUAGAUUUCUUUUCCGCAACACCAAAGUAACCCUUGAAUAAACAAAAAUAAAUAAAUAUGCAAUCGGAUAUUCGUGUGAUAUAGCCUGUGGCCGUUUAAUCGUGCGACUCAUUUCGGGACGUUAUCAGACGCGGAGUUUGGUCUCAUUAUUCUAGUUUUCAUGGUCGAUAGCUUAGGUCAUAAUAUACUAUAACAAAAAUAGUAACUAGUCUAUGUUCUAAGCAUAGAUGUUAUACGUAUAAGGUCUAUGGAUGUACCAGUAACUACUAACUAGGUACCAUAAACUGUUAUCUAGAUAUUAAAGAAUGGAUAGGCCAUCUCUGCUUAUCAUACGGGAAUGAACAUGAAAAUAAAAAUUAUAGAGGUCUUAAUACAAAUAAAUAACAGUAUUAGAAAAUGACAAUUUAUUUGUCAAAACAAUUGAUAAAUAGAGUAUAAUGAAUUUAAUGAAUUAUUAAUAAUAUAAUAUUUAACUCGUGGCUAAACAAGCCAUGAUUGCCCUAUUAAACUAAUAAAGUAAAUAAUUUAUAUUCAUAACAAUUUUAUUAUUAUUAUAAGAUUUAUAAUCUCUAAUAUUUACGUCUUGCAAAGAUAAUAAUCGUAGAAUAUAUCUAGUCAAAAUUUCUCUGCCAGAGUGAAAGGCAUUGAUAAAAAGUUUUUCUCCCCCUUCCAGUUCUGGAAAAUUUCCCUUUAUUUUGUUGGUACAGCCAUAGCCCAUCCAUUCUUUAAUAUUUAUGCUGUUAUUGUGUUAUGUUUGUUAUCACUUAGCGUUAAUUGUAAUUUGUAAUACUGAAUACUGAUACCAUAAUUUAAUUGUGAUUUUUUUUUUUCUGUGAACAACUUUUCUACUGGAAAUUUACAAUGAAAGCACUUUUUCUGAAAGGAAAUUAACUGGGAAGGUACUUAAGAGAGGCUAUUUUUCGAUUUUCCCAAGAGUUUUCCCAGCAAAUUUGAAAAACGAGAAAAUCUGCAUGUCAAACAAAUAUUAUUACAGAAAAUAUAUGAUUAAUUAUCGUUGUUUACAGGUAUACAUUUAAUUACCACUUAUAACAGUGGCUGCAUCCGACCCCCAUUAUCCUAGGACAGCUUUAUUAUAUUGUCAUUUUUUACCCUUUCUCUUUUAUGAUUGGUUUUUUAUUUUUGCUUUAACCGAUCGUCAGUAUCAUCAUGUUUUAUAACAGAAUUGUUAACGUGUUAAGUCGGGAUCACACGGCACGUUGCACGUCACAUGGCGUGUGAAGCGUGUAUAUACCGCGCAAAGUUCCGCGCUUUUGUGUGAUCAGACGAAACGUGAUUUCCCAAGCAUCAUGUACACGGUUCCGAAGUUUGUGAUUUAGAUCAUUUGCAUUCCAUAUGGAUGGCUCACCUUCAUACAACUACAAAAAUGAUGUAGGAUUAAACUGUACAUCAAACUGUUCGGGACAGAAUGUUGUAUUGAACAUUUGAAAAAUGAAUCCAAAUACUAUAAUAAUAUAUUUAUAGGAAAAAUUGUUUCGAAGUAUGAAAAAUGAUAAAACAGCGACACGCCGUAGGAUUGAUAAGACUCACCGCGCCAAUUUUCCUUUGGCGCGUGACACAGAAACCGACAAUUGAAGGGUCGUCAAGAUUAACGUGCUAAGUAGCAAUUCUUAAAUUUUACAGUACCAAGUAAAAACUAAAUAAAUAUUAUAUUAUUUCUUUUAAAUAUUAUUUGGACAACACGUAGCACGUUAUUUCAACUUUAAACAUAAUCAUUUUUGUAUAUCAUAUACACUAUUAACGAUAACAUAACAAUUUUAAUUUACUUAAAUUAUAAAAAAAAAAAAAAAAACAUAUUUUUAUUCUAUUGGAUAAAUUAAUAUUAUUCGUAUUGGCCAUUCCGUAAAAAUAAUAUAUUGUUUUAUAGUAUAGUAAAAAUAUAAAAUAUAUAAGAUCGCGAUGUCAAUACGUCGCGCGGCGUGUCAACUGACUGUGAAUGACACGCACAUAGCACGUUUUAACUAUCAACAAAUCGCCGGUUUCUGAGUUUAUACACAAUGUUUAUGUACGUUAAGAAUAUUCUGGGAAGUUUCUGACUCUAUAAAUAUAUUGAGAUAGAAAUCAUAGCGCGUUAUUCCGCAAAAAAAAAAAUGAAAUCGGAAAAAGUGUUACAUAGUACGUUAUUCCCGCCGACCCUUCAAUUUUCGGGAAGGAACGCGCGGCGCAACACCAAUCAGAUGGCGCGUUGCUGUACGCCAGUACCACACCGCACUCCGCGCGGUCACGCGCCGUGUGAUCCCGGCUUUAGCAUUACACAAACAUUGUCUUUUUUUUUCGUUCCUGUGAAUUAAUUAAUGAACUUACAAUUGUGAAACAAAUAUAAAAAUCUUUGUCUAGUUCUAUUCUACAAAAAUUUGAUUGUCAAUAGCUAUUGUCAUUCAAGUUUUCUAUAAUAUUAAAAAUGCAUAUAUUAAAAAAAAAAUCACUGUUUCAAAAAAAAAACCUUAUAACAUAAUUAAAAUUAUUAAAAAAAUAAUUAAAAUUGUAUUCAUCCAAAUUGUCUGCCAUGUUUACUUUAACGUAUAGUAUUUAAUAUCUAAUAUAAUGUGUAUCUAAUUGUAUUUAAAAUUUAAUUGAACAUAUUAUAAUAAAAUAAUAGUUGAUAAUAGAUCAUAAUAGUUGAUAGUAACUGUUGUAGUAUGUCAUGGAAGUACUAUCACUGUGUAAAUGUAUCUAUUGAUAAAAAUUUGAGUGGUCACUCUCUGUUUAUAGGUUCUUAAACUGAUUAAUUUAAUUAGUUAUUUAAAUAAGAAAUUCUUGGGACUAGGGAAAUGAUCUCUGUAUCAAUGCUUUUGACUUAAUUAAGUUAAACAAGUUUGACUGUAUCUAUAAUAUAUUUAUUAUAUUCUAUUACUUAAUAAUAUUUUAUAUUUUACCAGAAAUGGAUGGAUUUUUACAAGACUUAGAUGAGGAUGUAGAAGGAAUGCAAAGUGUAAUAUAUCUUUUACAAAAUGAACUUCAAAAAUAUAAAACUUCUAUAAAAAGUCCUAGUAAUACAGAAAACAAAGAAUCUAUUCCUAAAGUAGUUAAUGGUGUUAAAAAUGAUGUUAUAACUAUAGAAACAUUACCUUCAAUAUCACCAAUUGAAAUACCAACAAAAUUAGACAAAACCAAGUCUGACAGUAAAUCAAGUAAACACAAAAAACCAAAAGAUUCUAAGAAUUUAAAUGAUAGCAAAAGUAAAAAAUCAAAAGUAAAAAAAGCACAAUCAGUAUCAAUAGAAGACACAGAUCAAAGCAACAAAAAUCCUAAAGUAUACAAGAUCAAAAAUAAAUCUGAAGUUGUUAAAAGUGAAGAAAAACUUAAAAAAUCUGAAAAAAGGUCCCAUAGCAAAUAUGAAGUAGCACAAAAAAAGAAAAAAAUUUCUGAAGAUCAAACUCCUAUUGCAACAUCUAAUGAUUUACAAAAUGGGUCAUGAACAUUCAUUAUGCAUUUUUAAUGUAAUCGUUUUUAAUUAGGUAUAAUUAUGCAUUUUUUUUUAAUGUUAAUUUUGUAUAUUUAGGUUGAAAUAAAAAAUGCAAAUUUACAACAGAAAUAUUUAUUGUUAUUUGUUUUAAUUUUUAGAUUCUGAUUAGAGUGAGGAAUGU